CUAUUACAAGAAGAUUUGAAAUUAAACCAAAACAGGUUUGUGAAUGGCUAGACAAAAAGCAAGAGCUUUUGAGCAUUGCACCUUAUACUUUAAUGCUUAACCAUAGUCAUCAAGCCCAAUUUUCAUUAUUAGAAAAAAGGCUUGUUGAAUGGAUUGAUGGACACCAUAAAGAGCAAAAUACUGCCUUAGCACAAACUAAUAAAUUUAGGGAUAUUUACCCUGAUAUUG